AUGGCCAACACACCACAUGGGGGCGUCCUGAAGGACCUCAUCGCCCGCGAUGCACCACGGCACGCAGAACUUGAAGCUGAAGCCAGCAAACUGCCCGCAAUCAUCCUGACCGAGCGACAACUAUGCGAUCUCGAACUCAUCCUCAACGGUGGCUUCUCCCCAUUGGAAGGAUUCAUGAACGAGAAGGACUACAACGGCGUGGUUGCCAACAAUCGCCUGGCUGACGGUGCUCUAUUCAGCAUGCCUAUCAACCUGGACGUCACGAGCCAGACUGCGGAGCGCCUCGGUCUCAAGCCAGGAGCACGAGUGACACUUCGAGACUUUCGAGACGACCGCAACAUCGCCAUCCUUACAGUCGACGAUGUAUAUCGUCCAGACAAGAAGAGGGAGGCACAAGAGGUCUUCGGUGGUGAUCCGGAGCAUCCCGCCAUUGUAUAUCUCAACAACACAAUCAAGGAACUAUACGUUGGCGGUAAGCUCGAGGCGGUCAACCGACUGAACCAUUACGACUACGUUGCACUCCGCUAUACACCUGCCGAACUUCGCUUGCAUUUCGAGAAGCUGGGCUGGUCGAAGGUUGUGGCUUUCCAGACCCGGAACCCUAUGCAUCGUGCUCAUCGUGAGUUGACCGUGCGUGCGGCACGAGACCGGCAAGCCAAUGUCCUUAUUCACCCCGUCGUUGGCUUGACAAAGCCUGGUGAUAUUGACCACUUCACCCGCGUGCGAGUCUACCAAGCACUUAUGCCGCGGUAUCCCAACGGAAUGGCGGUCCUUGGUCUUCUGGGCCUGGCUAUGCGUAUGGGUGGUCCGCGCGAAGCGAUCUGGCACGCCAUCAUCCGCAAGAAUCAUGGCGCCACACAUUUCAUCAUCGGCCGAGAUCACGCCGGUCCUGGCAAGAACAGCAAAGGUGUUGACUUCUACGGUCCCUACGACGCUCAGUAUGCGGUAGAGAAAUACAAGUCGGAGCUGGGCAUCGAAGUGGUCGAGUUCCAGAUGAUGACCUACCUGCCUGAUACUGACGAGUACCGGCCUAAGGACCAGGUUCCUCAGGGCACGAAGACCUUGGACAUAUCCGGUACGGAAUUGCGUCGCCGACUCAAGGUUGGCGCUCCUAUCCCCGAGUGGUUUUCCUACCCCGAAGUCGUGAAGGUCUUGCGGGAGUCGAAUCCGCCUCGCGCCACACAAGGCUUUACUAUUUUCCUUACCGGCUACACCAACUCAGGAAAAGAUGCUAUUGCACGUGCCCUGCAAGUGACACUAAAUCAACAAGGUGGUCGCGCCGUCUCCCUGCUCCUUGGUGAGACCGUCCGCUCAGAGCUCUCCUCCGAGCUAGGCUUCACACGCGAAGACCGUGACACGAACAUCGCUCGUAUCGCAUUCGUCGCUGGAGAGCUCACCAAAGCCGGCGCAGCGGUCAUCGCCGCACCCAUAGCUCCAUUCGAGGAGGCCCGUCAGGACGCACGUGAGACAGUCGAAAAGUAUGGCAGCUUCUUCCUAGUGCAUGUGGCCACAAGUCUGGAGUACUCCGAGAAGACAGAUCGAAGAGGAGUGUACGCAAAAGCGAGAAGCGGCGCAAUCAAGAACUUCACUGGUGUCAACGACCCGUAUGAGCAACCGAAGAAGGCUGAUAUGACUGUGGACUGUGAGAAGCAGAGUGUGAGGGAGAUCGUGCACAGUAUUGUGCUGCUGUUGGAGAGCCAGGGAUUCUUGGAGGCUGCUUAG